UCACCCGAGACUCAGUUUCAGAUGAACAGACACACGCACAUUUUUUCGAAACCUAUAGCUUUAUAUGCACACGAGAGUUUGACAGAUGGCUGCGAAUACAGUGAACGAAUCCAAAACAAACCGUGAGGUCUUGCUGGGCUUCUUAGAGGAGGCAGAACCAUGGCAGCUUCUUAGUAACCAGUUUCCAAGUAAAGUCGGAGGGAGACCUGCGUGGUUGAGCCAAGUGGAUUUGCCAACAGUGUCUGAGUUACAGUGUGACAAAUGUAAACUUCCAACAGUGUUUCUUCUUCAGGUCUACGCACCAAUAACGGAAUAUGAUCGAUGUUUUCACAGGACACUGUUUGUGUUCUGCUGCAAGACACCAGCCUGCUAUACGCGAAAUGAUAACAAGUGUUUUAAAGUGUUUAGAUGCCAGCUGCCAAGAAAAAAUGACUUCUACCCCUUUGAUCCUCCACCUGAUGAGAAGCCAGAGCAGCUUGUCAAUAAGCAUCAGGUGCUGGACUCUGGGCUCAAACUGUGCAGGCUGUGUGGUUGUCUGGGACAGAAAGCCUGCUCUCGAUGUCACUCUGUCACAUACUGCUGUAAAGAGCAUCAGACCAUAGACUGGAAACAGAGACACAAGAAAGAAUGUUCUAAUGAGUCUUCUCAAUGCUCUGAGGAGCUCAGUUCAUUUCUGUUUCCUGAGUGGGAGCUGGUUACAGAGGCAGAAGAGCUUCCAGCAAAAGAUGAGGAACUCCAUGAAGCCCACAGUCUGGAUCAGGAGAGCAUGGCAUGCUUAAAUAAUGGUUUGGAGGACAGUGAACUUGAAAGUAUGGCCCUUCAUGAAACACAAGACUCUAAAGUGUUUCAGAAGUUCAAGAAGCGCAUUGCUAAUGAACCACAACAGGUUUUGCGGUAUUGCAAAGUAGGAUCUCCUCUCUGGGUGUCAGCUGAACAUGUGCCACGUGAGGAGGAUGUUCCAGAAUGUCCAUGUGGUGCAAAACGUCUGUUUGAAUUUCAGAUCAUGCCUCAGUUACUUAAUCACCUCAAAGUGGAUACAAUGGAUGCCAGCAUAGACUGGGGGACAGUGGCCAUCUACACCUGUGCUGACAGCUGUGACCAAGGCACCAAAUAUUCUGCUGAGUUCAUCUGGAAACAAGACUUUUCAGGAGAUCAAGCAGUGUAGAAUUGGUCUAGUCAAAUGAACUAGAAUUCAGACUAUUAUGCAUGGAAAAACCACAUUAUAAUAAAGGCUUUGGUUAUUUUAAGGCACGGACAUACAUUUCUUUCCCUAAAAGAGGUCUUCACAAUAAGCAUUACCAAACAUUUAGGCAAUUCAGACAAAGUAAUAUUUAUUUUUUGAUUUAUCAAGGAUGCUUUAAUCAAGUGACAGUAAGUACUUUUGCAAAAGAUUCAAGCAAAUGCUGUUCUUUUAAACUUUCCCCUCAUUUAAGAAUCAAAUCAAAGCCGUACAGCCAUUUUCAACAUUAAUCAUUUGUCCUGAGCAGCAAAUCAAGAUGUUAUGAUUUCUGAAGGAUCAUGUGACACUGAAUUUUCAGCAGCCAUUACUUCAGUCUUCAGUGUUGCCACCACAGGAAUAAAUGACAAUAUCUACUGAAAUAUGUUAUAUUUUACAGAAUUAGUUUUACUGUUUUAUGAAAUCAAUUCAGCCUUGAGAAACUGGUUUUCAAAAUAUUAAAAAACAUUGUAUUAACCCUAGAUCGAAGGGUAGUAUAUAAACAUUAACACAUCGGUUUUAAAUAAAGCCUGUAAUUUCUAAAUUCAA